AUGGCAGCAGCUGUUGGGGGUGUAAUAUCGGGUGUAAACCCUUUCCACUACAAUGCAAGCUCGCCAGUGACGUUGUUCCUCAUCCAAGCGUGUAUCAUCUUGCUGCUUUCCAACGGGCUGCACUUGUUCUUGGCGAGAUUGAGACAGCCCAAAGUGAUCUCUGAAGUGAUCACUGGUGUUAUUCUUGGACCUACGGCACUAGGCCAGAUUCCACAUUACACCAACACAAUUUUUCCCAAGGACUCAGUAGCGGGACUUAAUCUGGUUGCCAAUCUGGGAAUUAUUCUUUUCAUGUUUUUCCUAGGGCUCGAAGUCGAUGUUCGCUUCAUUAAAAACCACGCUAAGACUGCUUUCUCUGUGGGAAUGGCAACUUUGACUGUACCCUUCGGUUUUGGGUGUUUAUUCGCGAUUCCGCUUUACAAUACUUACAUGCAAAAUGCAAACAGUGAAGAGGGGGUCAAGUUCACUGUUUUUAUGGUCUUCAUCGCUGUCUCAUUGUCUGUGACGGCAUUUCCGGUUCUGUGUCGUAUCCUUGCUGAAUUGAGGCUGUUAGCUGAACGUGUUGGUAUUGUUGUUCUUGCAGCAGGCACAAUAAAUGAUGUUAUAGGGUGGAUCUUAUUAGCACUUUGCAUCAUUUUGUCCAACUCGCAGGCACACGCGGUUAACGUGGUAUACAUCCUGCUGUGCACCUUUGGCUGGUUUUUGAUGUAUGCGUUUCCCGUACGGUACGCCUUGAGAUGGAGCUUGCUUCGCAUGCAUGAGUUUGAAAGGAGUAAGCCUUCGAUGAGAGCUACUCUGAUAGUAUUGCUGUUAACUUUCAUUAGCGCUUACUUCACAGACAUCAUCGGUGUUCAUCCGAUUUUUGGAGCCUUCAUGGCGGGUCUCAUUGUUCCUCGAGAUCAAAAUUACGUCGUUAAGCUGGCUGAUCGUAUGGAGGAUAUUCCCAACAUCGUGAUGAUUCCCAUUUAUUUUACAAUUGCAGGACUCAAUGUUGACUUGACCAAGCUCAAUGCAGGAAGAGACUGGGGCUUCACUUUUGCAAGUAUAGGAAUAGCGGUCUCUACCAAGGUAGCAUCCGGUUUCCUAAUGUCAAAAUUGAACGGGCUUCUCUGGCGCGAGUCCUUAGCAGUAGGUGUGUUAAUGUCUUGUAAGGGAAUUGUGGAAAUUGUUGUGCUAACAACCGGUCUGAAUGCUGGAAUAAUCUCCACAAAGGUUUACUCGAUGUUUAUCUUCAUGGCACUAAUUUCCACUUUCGUGACAACACCUCUGACAAUGUGGCUGUUCCCUAAAUCUUAUCGGGAAGAAUUGAAGUCGUAUCUGGACGACCAGGAAGAAGAGUCAAAAGAAGAUCCAAAAGAUAAUUUUACAGGGAGUUCUCAUCACGAAAUGGAACAUCACCAUAUUGAGCGUAUUAUCACUGUUCUCAACAAACCUGAGCUAGUUUUUCCUACUGUGACCCUGUUAAACUGCUUAGUGCAUGGAGAACGCUCCCCGAUGUCCAGUCGUAAAACAAUUUCGACACCAAAAUCUCCUCGUUCCGACAAACAUGUUACUGAUGCAGAGCAUUUGGAUAGCGUUGAUCAUUCCUAUCUAGAGCAGCAAAUCACAUUAACCAAUCCAGCUUUCGACCGCACAGAACUCAGGACCAUAUACCUAAGGCUCUUGACCGAGAGAACAACAGACCUAUUACAAAAUCUACCAAAUUUUAACGGUUCUCAGCAGUCUUCUAACUAUCCAAAUGAUUUUUGUUUGGAGACUUUCCAAGUGUUUUGUGAACUGAUCAAUACCGCUCACUCGGGAGAAGUAAUAUUUUCCUUGUUAAAUGAUAAAGUAAACCACAUCAACGAAAUAUCGGCAACGAAAUCAGAUCUCUUGCUGUUUCCUUUGAGUGGGGUUGGGGACCUAGCUGCCAAUGAACGGCCCAAAGAACAGCUGGCGCGUAUGUUUGCUGCAAACGAACUUCCUGCAAACUUCCUGCAAAUGCUCGCGACAAAGCAUGCGACGAGUUUGGUAUUUUUCAUCAAUAAUUCCAAGCCAGAAAAACGCUCCAGAACAAUGAUGGGAGGUCAAUUCUACCUUCUUUUUCCCGAUGACAUUCUAACGGAUUCAGACCAUCUUUGCGUACAUCUACUGAUGUUAAUCAUGUCCAAGAUCCUUAGUGAAGCUACUCACGAAACAAUGAAAAUAACUAUUUGUAUCAACAGUACAAAUGGAGACUAUUUUAAAGACUUCUUCUCGCGUCACGGAGCCAAAAGUGAUGAUGUUCAAGUAAUGGCUUUAAACUACAAUUUGAAUUCCAACUCAAAAAAUACAUCUUCAAGCUUUGUGGACGCCGUUUUCGAAGAGGUUUCGAAGCUCGAGAAUUGGAAUAUGGAGGGCAGUACGUUUGUUAUUGCAGACACGAACCUACCUGAGCAACAAAAUUUCAGCCCAGAAGUUGAGGUCGCUAUUACGAGAAGUUUCAGGGAACAUUUCGAUUUAGUUGUCUGCCAUAAGAAAUCAACCGCGUCAACACCGCGGGUCUCAGGAACAGACGAUUGA